AUGAAAGGACUUACAACAUUUAUUUUAAGUAGUUUAAAUGAUUUCGGAUUAAAUAUUGUACAUAAAUUUGCCAAACAAGGUUGUAAUAUUAUUUUAAAUGGAAAACAAAAUGAUGAAAAUAUAAUUCAAACAAUUCAAAAUACAUAUGGAAAAAAUCAAAUUAUGUAUUUAUCAGAACAAAUUCAAAAUGAAAUAAAUAUUUAUAAAUUAGUUGAACAAAUAUUAAAUUCUUUUCAACAUAUUGAUAUUCUUAUUAUAAAUCAUGAAUGUAGACAACAUUAUAGAGCUUCGAUUGAAGAAUUUCCAAUUGAAAAAUGGAAAGAAAUUAUUGAUUGUAAUCUUACAAGAAAUUUUACUCUAGUUAAAACAUUAUGGCCUCAUAUGAAACGACAACAUUUUGGUAGAAUUAUUCAUAUUGCAAAUGAACACGGUCAAAUUGCAAGUGAAUAUCAAUCAGCAUGUAUUACUUCACACCAUGCAUUAUUGGGAUUAAAUAAAGCGUUAUCUAUUGAAGGUGCUUCCUAUGGAAUUACUUCUAAUAUUAUUUGUCCAAGUUAUACACAAGCAAAUGUCUCUGAACAAUAUAAUCACAUAAAAACCAUAACUGAUCUUGUCUUAUUUUUAUGCACUGAUCAAGCUCGUACAAUUACAGGCCAAUCGAUUCCAUGGAGUAAUUCAAUUUAA